UACAUUUUAUUCGCUGAAAACCGAGUCCAUUUUAUUUGUUUUGAUUAUUUCAAAUAUACAAUAAGAAUCAAAACAAACGUGUAUACAUAAUAAUGGAAUAUAAAGUGUCAAACUUGUUAGUGAAUAUUGAUAAUAUUUGUCGUGUAUGUUUGACUGAAAAUGCUAAUUCACUGUCGAUAUUCUGUCAAAAUGAAACAGAUGAAAAAUAUCGCGAUCUUUUAAAUAAAAUUCAAGAGUCCGGUGGUAUUAAAAUCACCGAAGAUGAUGGUUUGCCGACACUUAUUUGCUCUAAAUGUAUUAAUAAUAUCAACAUUGCAUUUAAAAUUCGUCAGCAAUGUCAACGCAGUGAUACCCUGCUAAGAUUAUAUUAUAAAAAAUUAAAAGAGUCUAACCUCAAAACUAUACAUUAUCAAGAAACUCUCCAACCAGAGUUAAUUACGCCAGAUAUUUCACAAUCCAGCCAAGAUCUGUUUAACUACUUAGAAAUCCAGUGUAUGGACGUCGAAGAAGUUGUUGUUGGUCAAGAAGAGGUCCCAAGUGUUGAGAGUGCUGGAAUGAUUGACGACGAGCCACCGUCCUACAAGUUAAAAUUGCAAUUACUUGAGAUUGGCAGUACAACGAGCAGUUCACCGAUUGCAAACUCGCCAAGCUCGCGUACAAAAGCUCAGAAUAAAGUAUACCCCGAGCAUCUAGGAGCUUUUGAGACUUUAGCUUUUGAUCCGCUUCAGUUGCCGAGUGAUAAAAAAUAUACAUGUUCAAUCUGCGCUCAGGCGUUCGAGUCAUUAAAAAUAUUAAGACAGCACCGAAAAAUUCACAAAGAUGAAUUAUAUGUUUGUAAAAUCUGUCCUGUGCGUUGUUCUAAGGCUGAAGAGCUGGCAAUUCACUUGAAAUCGCAUCAACUGACCCAAGCAGCAGUCGCAACUAUUCAAGUAAACAAUCACGACAAUUCCAAAGACUGCAAUGACUCCGAUAUGGUCGACGAUCAGCAAAAAAUUGAUCGUAACAAUGAGCAGCUACUCCGUGGCAAGUCACCCGACCUUCAAGAUAAUAGUACUAAUCCUGUUAAAAAUUCUAUGAUCAAAAGAUUAUCAACUAAUAAUAUUAAUACUAAUAGUAGUAAUAGUAAUAUUAACGGCUCUAAUAGUCCUAUCGUUCAUAAAUGUGAGAUUUGUGGGCAAAUAUUUUCAAAAGAAAAAGGACUGAUGCGGCACCGCGCUUAUCACGAAUCACGAGUUAUUUGUGAUAUUUGUGGUAAAGUUUGCUCUAAUCAAAAUUGGCUCGAGUCUCAUAAAAAAUUAGCUCACAGUGGGAAUACUAAGUCUGAAAAAAAUACAUGUUCUUAUUGUAAAAAAACAUUUUAUUUUAGUGCUCAUUUGAUAUCGCACUUGAAAAGAGUACACCGAGCUUUUUAGAUAAAGAAUUUUUAGAUUUCAUACUUUUUUAUAUGCCCGUUAUUUUAAUUUUAUUUUUUUUUUCAAUGAAUGUAAUACUAACAUUAAUUGA